UCCUCCCUCGAGCCCGGGGUUCCUCAGCUGGCUCAGUCCGAAUCAGUGUCAUUCAGAGAGAAGGACAGCUAAGGGCUGGGCGCGAACGCGCGGUUGCAGUCCUGCUCGGGCGCCGGUGCCUGCGCUCGCGCCGCCGGGUGGGAAGGAUGAAGCCUCAGCUGGAGCAGCCACCCUAUGAUUGGCUGUGGCGCUUGUGAACCCGAAGUAAAGAUGGCGGGCGGGCAGGCAGCCGCCGCACUGCCCACUUGGAAGAUGGCGGCGCGCCGCAGCCUCAGUGCCCGCGGCCGGGGGGUCCUGCAGGCAGCUGCGGGCCGGCUGCUGCUGCUGCUACUGCUGAGCAGCUGCUGGGGAGCGGGCGGCUGCACAGCGGCCAGCGAGAACGAGGAGACCGUGAUCAUCGGGCUGCGGCUGGAGGAUACGAACGACGUGUCGUUCAUGGAAGGGGGUGCUCUGCGGGUGAGCGAGCGGACCCGGGUCAAGCUGCGGGUGUACGGGCAGAACAUCAACAACGAGACUUGGUCCCGCAUCGCCUUCACUGAGCACGAGCGGCGCCGGCACACACCGGGCGAGCGUGGGCUGGGGGGCCCCGCGCCUCCGGAGCCGGACAGCGGCCCCCAGCGCUGCGGCAUCCGCACCUCAGACAUCAUCAUCUUGCCCCACAUCAUUCUCAAUCGCCGCACCUCGGGCAUCAUCGAGAUCGAGAUCAAACCGCUGCGCAAGAUGGAGAAGAGCAAGUCUUAUUACCUGUGCACGUCUCUCUCCACGCCCGCACUGGGAGCUGGCAGCUCCGGGUCUGCGAGUGGCGCCGUCGGGGGCAAGGGUGGCGCGGGGGUGGCCGGACUCCCGCCUCCUCCGUGGGCCGAGACCACCUGGAUUUACCACGACGGUGAGGACACCAAGAUGAUAGUGGGCGAGGAGAAGAAGUUCUUGCUGCCCUUCUGGCUGCAAGUGAUCUUCAUCUCGCUGCUGCUGUGCCUGUCGGGCAUGUUCAGCGGCCUCAACCUGGGGCUCAUGGCUCUGGACCCGAUGGAGCUGCGCAUCGUGCAAAACUGCGGCACGGAGAAAGAGAAAAAUUAUGCCAAGCGCAUCGAGCCGGUGCGCAGGCAGGGCAACUACCUGCUGUGCUCGCUGCUGCUGGGCAACGUACUGGUCAACACCACGCUCACCAUCCUGCUCGACGACAUUGCGGGCUCAGGCCUUGUGGCGGUGGUGGUCUCCACCAUUGGCAUCGUCAUCUUCGGAGAAAUCGUGCCCCAAGCCAUCUGCUCCCGACACGGCCUGGCGGUAGGGGCCAACACCAUCUUCCUCACCAAGUUUUUCAUGAUGAUGACCUUCCCCGCUUCUUACCCGGUUAGCAAACUGCUGGACUGCGUCCUGGGCCAGGAGAUAGGCACUGUCUAUAACCGGGAAAAACUGCUAGAGAUGCUCCGGGUUACUGACCCCUAUAACGACCUCGUUAAGGAGGAACUGAACAUCAUCCAAGGGGCGCUGGAACUCCGCACCAAGACGGUGGAAGACGUGAUGACUCCCCUCAGGGACUGCUUCAUGAUCACCGGCGAGGCCAUCCUGGACUUCAACACCAUGUCCGAGAUCAUGGAGAGUGGCUACACUCGAAUCCCAGUGUUCGAGGGAGAACGUUCCAACAUCGUGGACCUGCUCUUUGUCAAAGACUUGGCCUUCGUGGAUCCAGACGACUGUACUCCCCUGAAAACCAUCACCAAAUUUUACAACCACCCUUUGCACUUUGUAUUCAAUGACACCAAGUUGGAUGCUAUGCUGGAAGAAUUUAAGAAAGGCAAAUCCCACCUGGCCAUUGUGCAGCGCGUAAACAAUGAGGGCGAAGGAGAUCCAUUUUAUGAAGUUCUGGGAAUCGUCACCUUGGAAGAUGUGAUUGAAGAAAUCAUCAAGUCUGAAAUCUUGGAUGAGACAGACCUAUACACUGAUAACAGAACAAAAAAGAAAGUGGCCCACCGUGAAAGAAAGCAAGAUUUCUCUGCCUUUAAGCAGACGGACAGCGAGAUGAAGGUUAAAAUAUCACCGCAGCUUCUCCUGGCCAUGCACCGUUUCCUAGCAACAGAAGUAGAAGCAUUUAGCCCAUCCCAGAUGUCAGAGAAGAUCCUCCUAAGGCUGCUAAAGCACCCCAAUGUCAUCCAGGAGCUCAAGUACGACGAGAAGAACAAGAAGGCCCCCGAGUGCUACCUCUACCAGCGGAACAAGCCCGUCGACUACUUCGUCCUCAUUCUGCAGGGGAAGGUGGAGGUAGAAGCUGGGAAGGAAGGCAUGAAGUUCGAAGCCAGUGCAUUUUCCUACUAUGGUGUGAUGGCCCUCACAGCCUCUCCAGUUCCUUUGUCCCUGUCUCGCACCUUUGUUGUCAGCAGGACAGAGGUGUUAGCUGCGGGCUCUCCAGGUGAAAAUAAGUCACCUCCUCGCCCCUGUGGCCUGAAUCAUUCAGACUCUCUCAGUCGGAGCGACCGCAUUGAUGCCAUGACACCAACCUUGGGGAGCAGCAACAACCAGCUCAGCUCUUCCUUCCUCCAAGUCUACAUCCCUGACUACUCAGUCCGCGCACUCUCUGACCUGCAGUUCGUCAAGAUCUCCAGACAGCAAUACCAAAAUGCCUUGAUGGCGUCCCGGAUGGACAAAACGCCUCAGUCUUCAGACAGUGAAAAUACUAAAAUUGAAUUGACUCUUACGGAGCUGCACGACGGCUUGCCAGACGAGACGGCCAACUUGCUCAAUGAACAGAACUGUGUGUCACACAACAAGGCCAACCACAGCCUGCACAGUGAAGGCGCCAUCUAGGGCCCCUCGGGCUCUCUUGUCUGGCCCUCCUGGACUCGGUCUGACCGUGACUUCCACUUGAGUGAACUUGUCUGCCAUGCUGUGUCCUACAGCCUUGAGACCAAAGACUUUGCCCCUUUCCCUGGAAGCCGCGGAGGACGGCUGGGGGAGGAGGGAUGGAAACUGGACAUGUGACAUCCACAGCUGGGGCAUGGCUUUCAAGAAUUCGGAGACAAACUUCUUCCGCCCAAAUAGAAUCAUGUUUAUUUUUUCAGAACCUUUUAUCGUUUCUUUCAUCCCUUAAUUUGCAUGAAUUUAAAAAUUGUUGCAUUUAUUUUUUUUCCAAGAGAUCAUGUUUUUGUUCUUAAGUGUCUUUUGCAGAGUUUGAUGUUGGUCUUCUGAGCUAACUCUGCUGUAGCCCCACAAUGUGACCCUGACAGGAUGGACUUGUCUCUUUAGCGGCCUUCCUUGGCCGUCCCCAAGAGGGAUACCUUUCCUCUGUGCCCGGUGGGUGUCGCUGUCGAACUUGAUGGAUGAAUGAAGAAAAAUCAUGUCAUUGCAGAACGUGCCAAGUCUGUCGUCACUGUGGGUGUCGGCAGAAGCUGCAGGUGCCCUCUCUGCACGUAGUGUCCUUUUGAAAAUAUGAUGUCUAACCACAUCCCUUUCCCUCAGGAAGUGUUAACAUUUGCUUGGGAAUGUGAUCUUGCUCCCACCCUAAGGAAUUUUUAUCACCAAAAUGAAUGUUAAUGAAUUUUAAA